AUGAAACAAGAUGAUGAUGAUGACCUCGUACGGCCAUUUCUCACAAAACAUAUUCCUGUGGCAAACAACACCCAACGUCUAAACGGCCCAGCCAUCCAUAGCUAUUGCUACCGUCAUAACCCCGACAUCAAGUGCAACAAAGACGCUGACCAACAAAGAAUGUGCUCCAUCCAAACCUCCAUCGAUAAACUCCCAUCCUCGGAUCAGAAAGCCAUCUCCAACGUUUGGUCGGUAUUUUCUGCUGCUCCAAACUCCCAGCGGAUAUUGAUUCUUCAAGGGAUUUUAUCGCAGUGCUGCUUCCACCAACUCUCAUUUCUCAGUAGCGAAGUCAAGGAGUUGGUCAAGAUCGAUUUCAUUGGCACCUUGCCCGUGGAGUUGAGCUUGAAAAUAUUGUGCUAUCUUGACUGUGCCUCUCUUUGUAACGCAGCCCAAGUAUCCAGGACUUGGAAAAGGUUGGCUGACGAUGACCGUGUUUGGCAUCAUCUUUGCAAGCAACAUAUCGAUAGAAAAUGCCCAAAUUGUGGGUGGGGAUUACCUUUAUUAUACAUGAAAAGGGCCAGAUCUGGUAAAUACUCUUCAAAAAAUCACAAGGACGAUAAAAUGAAAAUCACUCCAGUGAAAGAAGAAGAAAAAGGAGUAGGAGAAGAAGAAGAAGAAGAAGAAGAAGAAGAAGAAGACCACCAAGCCAAAAUUACCCCAGUGGGAACCGAUGCCCCUGUGAUCACCAAUGUCCCUUCAGAUAUUUGCUCAUCAUCGAGUAAACUACCGUCUUUGAAAAGACCUGCACCAAACUCAUCUAAAGAUUUGAUCAAACCACCAGUGGCUAAACGUCCUCGUACUCGUCCUUGGAAACUGGUUUACAGUGAACGUUAUAAAGUUGAACGUAACUGGCGGAAAGGUAUUUUUAAGAUCAAACGCUUUGAAGGUCAUUCUGACGGAAUUCUUUGUCUUCAAUUUAAUCACAAGAUUCUAAUCACCGGAUCCUACGAUUGUACAGUCAAAGUUUGGGAUCUCAAAACUUGUAAAGUCAUUAGAACAUUAGUUGGGCAUACCAGAGGGGUGAAAACUUUGGUAUUUGAUGACAAGAAAGUUAUCACUGGGUCACUUGAUGGGACCAUAAUGGUUUGGAACCUUGCCACUGGCACCUCGCUUUCCACUUAUCGUGGCCAUAGCGAUGGGAUCAUGUCUGUUGACAUGUUGGGUAAAACUAUUGUUUCGGGAAGUGCCGAUAAGACCAUCAAGAUUUGGAAUGUCGAAACUCGUACAUGCCAUACUCUUAGAGGUCAUACCGAUUGGGUCAACUCGGUAAAAAUCCACGGGCCUUCAAAAACCAUUAUCAGUGCUAGUGAUGACUGUACUAUUAGAAUUUGGAGUUUAGAAAAUAACUCCUGUUUGAAAGUAUUCAGUGGACCAAAUGGUCAUAUCGGGCAGGUUCAAUGUGCGCUACCCUUGACUAUUCAUGAUACUAUUGUGGAAGAUGAAAAUAGUGACGAAGAAACUGAAUCGCCAGAAAAUCGCGCCGCUCACAACGAUACUCCUCGUACCAACAAUGUUGUGGCGUCAACUGCUAUUGCUAGUGUCGAGAACUCAAGUAAUCUUGUCAAUUCGCAAAUUAAUGGAGCGUUGCCAAGCCAUAUUUUGUCUUGUGGUCUUGAUAACCAAAUUAAACUUUGGGAUGUUAAUAGUGGUCGUUGCAUUCGUACUCAGUUUGGCCAUGUUGAAGGUGUGUGGUCGGUAUCUGCUGAUACUUUUAGAAUUGUUUCUGGGUCCCAUGAUAAACUAGUCAAGGUUUGGGAUUUGCAAAGUGGGAAGUGUAUCCAUACCUUUGGUGGCCAGCACAAAGCUUCGGUGAGUUGCGUCAAGUUGACGGAUAGCAGAUUUGCUGCGGGUGACGAAAGUGGAAUGGUGAAGAUGUACUGUUUUGAUGAUUUAGAAGAUGAUGAAGUUUGGAUGGGUAAUGAACCACAAAGCUGA